AUGUCAAUCCCAUCCCUCACGUCAUGGGACGGUCCCGCCAUCCGCAUCGGUGUCAUUGGCGGUUCUGGUCUCUACAAGCUCGAUUCGAUCUCACCCCUUGCCGAAAUCAACGUCACCACCCCUUGGGGUUCCCCGUCCUCGCCCAUUACUAUCGCCAAGACUACGGCCGGUAAUCACAUCGCCUUCCUCGCUCGUCAUGGUCGCGAACACGCGAUCUUGCCUUCCAACGUCCCUAACCUCGCCAACAUUGCCACUCUCAAACACCUCGGUGUCAAAACCAUCUUGGCUUUCAGUGCUGUCGGCUCUCUGCGCGAAGAGAUUGCACCCAAAGACUUCGUCAUUCCGUCCCAAAUCAUUGACCGAACCAAAGGCAUUCGACGGGCGAGCUUCUUCGGCUUUGGCGAAGAAGAGAAAGUAGUUGCUCAUGCAGGAUUCGGUGACCCCUUCUGCGAAAUUCUCCGCCCUAUCGUUUACGAAACUGUCAAAUCCACCCUUGCAUCCCACUCACCCAACGUCAAAACUCACACAGGAAAGACAGUAGUCUGCAUGGAAGGGCCUCAAUUCUCCACCCGCGCCGAGUCUCUCAUGUACCGAGCAUGGGGCGGAGAUAUCAUCAACAUGUCGGUCCUCCCCGAAGCUAAGCUCGCUAGAGAAGCUGAGAUCAGCUACGUUCUGAUCGCCACUGCGACUGACUACGACGCUUGGAGGCCUUCUAGUGCCGCGGUCAACGUAACGGAAGUAUUGGAAAGCUUGAAGGCGAAUGUGGAUGCUAGUAAUGUCGUCACGACAACUUUGUUGGAUAAAAUUGCAAAGGAGGUCGAUGAGGAUGAUAAGGAGGCAGUGAAGGUGAUUAAGGAUUCGAUGAAGUGGAGCAUUAUGACCAAGUCAAAUGUGAUUCCGGAGAAGGCGAAGGAGAACUUGCGGUUUUUGCAUCCUUGGUUCGCUCGCGAAUAG